GUCGCAAUGUCGAAAUGUCCUAAAAAAUGCUAAAAGCCAACACGUUCCAGCAGUCGAAAGUAUCGUGCCAAACGCUUUUCUCAAAAUUUAAUUGCAAACGUGCCGUCGACAUUAGACAUAAGCUAUAACUCGGAAUCGCAAAGUAAUGCCAAUGACAUAAUGGAUCCAAUUACUUUCGGUGUUUUAACAAUCAGUGACACCUGUUACAAUGACCGCUCGAAGGAUCGCAGCGGUCCGCGUUUGGUGUCUCAGAUCAUGCAGGCCUUCAGAAAUGCGCAGGUAGUCGCCAGCGUGGUGCCCGACGAAAACAGCCUCAUUCAGAGCGAGCUGCGUCAGUGGAUCAACAGGGAGGAGGUUCGCAUCAUCUUUACCACGGGCGGCACCGGUCUGGCCCCACGCGAUGUGACCCCCGAGGCCACUAAGCCGCUGCUCGACAAGGAGUGCCCACAAUUGAUGACGGCCAUAACCCUGGCCUCGCUGAAAAAGACGACUUUUGCGGCUCUGUCGCGCGGAGUUUGUGGCAUCGCUGGCAAUACACUGAUCCUGAACUUCCCCGGGAGCGAAAAGGCAGUAGCCGAAUGCUUUGGAACGGUGAAGGAUUUACUGCCCCAUGCACUCCAUCUGAUCAACGACGACGUGGCCCUGGUGCAACGCACCCAUGCCCAGGUGCAGGGUACGGAGACGGUGGAGGCCCAAAUUCACGUCUGCCCUCACCAGACAGGAGUUGGAGACGGCAGGGAUCGCCACUCGCCCUUUCCCAUGCUCCCCAUCUCGGUGGUCAUGGAUAUCAUAUUCGGAGUGGUGCAACGCACUACCUGCUUGGAAGAUGACAUCUGGAAAACGACCUCGCCGGUGAAUAUACCACCCUUCCGUGCCUCUAUCAAGGAUGGCUAUGCCAUGAAAUCGACUGGCUUCUCCGGCAGCAAGCGUGUCGUAGGCUUCGUUGCCGCCGGUGAUGCGCCCUGCGCACAGCCUCUGCAAGAGGAUGAGUGCUUCAAGAUAAAUACGGGUGCCCCACUGCCAGACCAAGCGGACUGCGUGGUCCAAGUGGAGGAUACCCUUUUGGUGAGUCGCGACAAACAUGGAGAAGAGAGUCUAGUAGAAAUUAUGGUGGAGCCAAAGCCGGAAUUGGAUGUGCGUCCCAUUGGUCACGAUUUGCGCAUCCACGAUUCCAUUUUCCCUAUUACGGAUUCUUCACCCGUUGUCAUUCAGUCUCUACUGUCCUCUGUGGGCAUAUCUAAGAGCUUACCCAAGCCCAAGGUGGCCCUCGUCUCCACGGGGAGCGAGCUGCUCGCGCCGGGUGAGCUGCCUGUUCCUGGCAAGGUCUACGACUCUAAUGCCACGAUGCUGGAGGAGCUGCUACUCUAUUUUGGCUUCAACUGCGUACGCACCGUUGUGCUGAGCGACAACUUACCGGAGACCAAAAGAUCUCUAGUCCAACUUUUUGAAAAGGUGGAAUUUGUCAUCUCUACUGGCGGCGUCUCAAUGGGCGACAAGGACUUUAUAAAGACAGCGCUGGAGGAACUCAACUUCAAGAUCCACUGCGGCCGGGUCAACAUGAAGCCUGGCAAGCCCAUGACCUUUGCCAGCAAGGAUAACAUGUGUUUCUUUGGACUGCCGGGGAACCCCGUAUCCGCCUUUGUCACAUUCCAUCUGUUUGCGCUCCCAGCCAUCCGCUGGGCCGCCGGCUGGGAGAGAACCAAGUGUCCCCUGGCGACCAUUCAAGUAAAGCUGUCUCAAGACCACAUUUUGGAUCGACGUCCAGAGUACGUCCGUGCUUCGGUGACCUCCAAAAACGGUCAACUCUAUGCUAGCGUCAAUGGAAAUCAGAUCAGCAGCCGUUUGCAGAGCAUUGCAGGGGCCGACGUGCUUGUACACCUACCGGCACGCAGCUCCGAGUGCUUCAAGGCAAGUGCCGGCGAGUCCUAUCCCGCCUCCGUGCUGCGCUACGACUUCAUAUCCAAGUAUGAGUAAGUGGACCUCCCGUUUCACCGAAUCCAUCGAUAGCCCUAAGACCACAAGAAUUCCUAAACCAAUCGAAUGUUAGUAAGGACUCCAAAGCCCAUCGUAGAU